CAAUUCAAAUAAAAAUAAAACAGAAAAGAGAACCAACCAAAACGCGAUUACAAAGUUAGGUUGAUGCCCGUACUAACCCAAUCCAAUAACGGUACCACUCUAGCAAUAGCCAAGGUGAUCCAUGGUUGAUGAAUUAAUUAUUGAGCAAUAAAUAAACUUGCUUUUAGUGGGAAAACAAAAUAAUCAUGCCCACACCAAAAGAAUCGAAAUCAAAUACAAAAGAUGGUAAAGACCCAAAUCACCAUACUACUCCCAAAAAUUACAUUACCUCUGGAAUAGGCAAGCAUUUUCUAACACCCUGUAGAAGAAUUGGAUUGUCUCGUAAAACCCCAAACAGUAAUGCCCUAGAUAUUUUCAAGGCCAAAAAUGAUGGUACUAGCACCCCUACUCCAAAAAGUAGCAUCAUCACCGAGCAAGAUAUUAUUUCUACACCCAUUAAUCGGGAUAAAUUAUCGUCUGUUGCUUCAAAGAGUAGAACCAACAAUGAUAAAGACAUUGCUUGUACCCCAAAUAAUUUAGAUGAUACUCCAAAACCUGAGCCAAAAUCCAAAGGAAAAGCUAGGACCUCCGUCAGGACUAAAAAAAUCAUUGCCUGUGAUGCUGUUGAAAUAGACAAUAUUGUACAUGAUUCCAUUAAUGUUACCCCUGCAGCAAAAAUUGGAACAUUGGAUAUUCCUAAGGAAAACAAAAACUUAGCAGAUGUCUCAAUAAAAGAAUCUGAGCCAAAAAAAAAUACUAGAAAAUCGUUGAAAAAACCUAUUAAGAAAACAAAAAACAACAAUAAUAACGAUGAAUUGCGUGGAACUAAUGACAAGAAAAAACUGAGAGUUUCAGUACAAAAAUCAGAUAGUUGUUCUGAUUUGUCAGAUGAAGACUUUAAACCGAGCUUAAAACUAACAAGCCGAAAACGAAAUCGAAUAAAUAGCGAUUCUGAUUCAGACGAUCUGCCAUUAAAAUCACUUAUUGAAACUGAAGCAGAGAUACACGAUCCUCCAGUUAAAAGAUGUAUUGAUUUCAAUGAGCAAAAAUCUGACGAAUCAGACUUUAAAGGCUUUAAGCAUAGCCCGAAUACAAAGAAAUUGAUAAUAAAAAUAAAUAAUUCAACUAAAACAAAAAAACCAGAUGCAAAACGAAUUAUUCCAAAAAAGACUUUUUCAACUGAAGAUAGUGAUGAUGAAAUGUUCACAUCUACCCCAGAUGAAGACAAAAAACAAAGUGAAAAUCUUCUUGAACUGGUCACAUCUGUAGAAAAAGAAGUAAAACAGAAAGAAGAUUUACUAGAAAAACUGAAACAAGCUGAAGUGUACAGGAAAAGGCACUGUCCAGAAAAAUUGCAACAGUCCAUUGAUUUGUGGUUAAAAGGUUGUAACGAGAGCUUGGACGAUUUACUGAUAAUAGUGCAAAAAAAGGGACCUAGAGAUAUGAACAUGUUACUUAAAGAGUUACAUAUUUCUGAUGAGAUUGCUGCAAAGCUGAAAGCUAAGUAAAUCUUGUAGGAUUUGUGAUUAUAGAUAUAGUUUGUUAAUAGUAAUAUUUAUAAAAGAAAAAUACAGAACUUAGCCAGGAAAUGUUAGCUUCCAUAAAUGAUAAAAUUACUCUCGAUGUUUCAGACAAUUGUUUCCUUUUUCGAAUAGCUAUGUAUUUAAUUAUUUAAUUGAAUUAGUUUUUAAUUUACAUAUUUGAGUGCAAUUCAUUCAUGUUUAAUUAUUUUCUUGUUGAAUUAAUUUUGUACGUUUUAAAUAAAAUAAUAUUUAGUUUUCUUUUUGGAA